AGCAGGGGUCAGAUCGGCCAGCUAAGCCUUCACUGCCAACACGCCGUAUCCGUCGCAUCGCAAGUUGAUUGGCUGGUCAUUCAAGACUGGGCAGACAUCUUUGUAUGUAUUGUACAAGCCGUCCGUGGCAAUGCAGAAGAACGUGAGUGUAUCAGCGAUAUAUAAGUAGCUUUCGUAUGUUCCCGUCUUGAUGUCUGUUCCGCUUGAGACCGUUCAAACAGUUCUCAGUAGAUCCAACCCCCCUUAUUCAAGACCCUCGCAGAACCGUUAGCACCAUGGCAACUUCUGUCCUGUACCGAUCCAGCCUCCCUGACUAUACCCCGAGAGACGUCGAACUCGAUCGCCUCGACAGCACCACGUCCCCAAGCCCAUCCAUCCUCAGUGCUCCACCCGCUUACGACGACGCGGCUCCCUCACCCGGCUCGUUCCAUCCCACAGUCGCGCUUCAGAUUGAAACCCGAGGCAAAUCUUGGUGUUCUCUCCCGCUGCCGCUCCGGCCUGACCCGAUCCCAAUCUUCACCCUUGAGACCGACCAACGGAUCCCAACAUUCACCUCCUUCCGCCCCAACCGCGGCUCCGGCUCCUGCUAUCUCUUACCUUCCAGCGACCCUCCAGCCUCUUCCUCGAGUGGAACUCUCCCGGUACUGAGCACAACAACCUAUCGCUUCGGGCCCUCCCGUCCGCCGUGCGUCCGCCUCUUCUCGCCUCACUCAUACUCGGGGAGGCCUGGCGGUGGUAUCCCUCGCUCCGUGCUAGAUGAACUCCUCUUCCCUUCUUCCUCUUCCUCUUCCUCUUCCUCCAACUCCAACUCCGACCCGGACUCCGACGACCAAGGCUUGGGCCAUUACGGCAUCCAACCCUGGGACUCAUUCACCAUCACCUCCCUCGGCCUCUUGACGCGCGCCGUCAGCUUCCGCACGCGCCUGGGUACGUUCCAAUGGCGGUACGCGAGCAAGCGGGAGCGGGAGCGGGAGCGGGAGGCGCUGCUGUCUUCUUCUAUGCAAGGAAAUAGCAAUAACAACAGCAACAACAACAACAACAACAACAACAACAACAACGACUUGGACGUGGCAAGCCUGCUCGUCCUGGAGCGCGUGGUGCGCGUCGCGCAUGCGCACAACGACGCCGCGGGUGGCAGAGGCAGUACUAGUAGUAGUAGUAGUAGAAGAAGAAGAAGCAGAGACAAAGAGGAAGAAGUGCGGAUGGCGGUGGCGAAGUUCGUCCGCGGCGCCGGUACGAGGACGGAGGGGAGUAGCAGGAGCAGUGCGGGCAACGGAGGGCGGUUGCUGAUGGAUUUGGGCCUAUGGGACUCGGAGGAGGAGAGGCAGGCUAGUGGUGCUGGGGGCAAAGAGGAGAGGGAGAUGGCGGCCGUGAUGGUGGUGACGACGUGUCUUGUGAUGCUGAAGAGGGAGGUGGACCGGCGGAGGGCGCAGCAGAUUGCUAUUAUGGCCGGGGUGCUUGGCGGUGGCGGAUCGUAAAAGAAUGUGCAGUACACGUGUGGAAGGAGAGAGGUGAAACGGGGGUUGUACUAUGCAUUUUGGUUGACGUACACUGCAGUUACCGGCACGCUCUCUGGGCUAUCUUUUUGUAAAACCGCUGGUUUCCCGUUCUAAAGUUCCAUCGUCAAUUCAAGUGUCUUGA